CCGGAGUGCUGCCAAGAUGGAGGAACAACUUCUAAUGCCAUAGAAGAUUCCGGAGGGUGCGAUAGAUGGCUGCUGCCAAAAAAGGUACGAAGCCAAAAGUGGCUGGAGUCCGCUUUGCCGCCGGGCUGCCGGAGGAGGGACCCCAUAACCAUGUACACUUUGAGGAGAAGCUGCACGACUCGGUGGUCAUGGUCUCCCAGGAGCCGGAUGGGAUUUUUCUAGUAAAGGUCGGCUUUCUGAAGAUUUUGCACAAGUACGAAAUCACCUUCAAUUUGCCUUUAAAUCAGAAGCUGGGGAGGAACAUUUGUGCGGUACCGCUACCGAACCUGAACCUCAAAGCGACCAACAUCACCGCCUCGUCGGAAGGGCACAGCAUAAAAUGUGAGUACACAGCACACAAAGAGGGAGUCGUAAAGGAGGAAAUGAUCCUGGCCAAUGAGACUGAAGACAAAACCAUGGUCAGGGUGGUGGUGCAGGCUCGAGUGUUGGACCGCCAUCAUGGUACCCCCAUGCUCCUGGAAGGCGUCAGAUGUAUAGGGGCGGAGCCAGAGUACGAUUCGGAGCAGAGUGAUUGGCACGGAUUUGACUGAGUCGCAGGGAUCACUGAUGGACUUUCCUCUCCUUUUUAAUUGUGCUGCUCUGCUUUUAAGAAACAACCAAACCUCUGAAAUAGCCACGACAAUAGUAGGGAUUAGACGGGGGAGCCUUUUCCUCUGAUGGGUUUGUUACAGAAUGUCCGCGGCGGGAGAAUUUGCUCACUUGGACUGGCGGAUGGAGGUGAAUGGGCUUUUCUGUUCCUUGAUCAUGUACAAGGAUUUGGCACGAAAUAUGUGGCUUUAUAUAUCCCCUCACUGUUGGCCCUCG